AAUCAAAGAGGUGACGGCCCCGUCCCGUCCCGUCCCGUCCCGUCCCGUCCCGUCCCGCUCGGGCCGGCUUCUCCUCCUUGCCCUUCGCCCAGCUGAGCGGGGCCUAAGGACCGUCCCCUCCCGCAAGGUGUCACAGACCUCUUCCUUCUGAAGAUGUCGGUUCCAUUCUCCAACACCCAAUACCGUAUUCCUCAAGGAUUUGGAAAUGUGCUCGAAGGGCUGACCCGGGAGAUUCUGAAGGAGCAGCCGGACAACAUUCCAGCCUUUGCAGCAGCCUAUUUUGAGGCCCUUCUAGAGAAAAGAGAGAAAUCCAACUUAGAUCCAGCAGAAUGGGGGGCUAAAGCAGACGAUCGCUUCUACAACAACCAGGCGUUUAAGGAGGCGACCCCGGGGGAGCCUGAGAAGGUCACAUCUGCAGCCUCAGUGAAAGAAGAGGCCGAGAUCACACCUUUGGAGGAGCCACCCCAGGCCGAUGUCAACCACGGGGAGGACGAAGCUGCCACCAAAAUCCAGGCGGCUUUCCGGGGCCAUUUGGCAAGAGAGGAAUUGAAGAAAAUGAAAACAGAGGCGGAGGAAAAUUGAGUGAGGCCGUUGUAGCCCACGUAGCCACGGAAAGAAAAGAUCUCACAUCAAUCUAUCCAUCCAUCCGUCUAUCCAUCCGUCCAUCCAUCCGUCCAUCCAUCCAUCCAGCUGGCCACCCUGCUCUUUCUUCCUUCGUAAGGAAGAUUUAGAGUAGUGAAGAUUCAUGCGAUUUUGUCGCUGUUGUGAGAAACUGUACUGAGUGUUUGUUUAAUAAACAUGCCACUAAGACUUC